AUGAUUCGUGCAGAGAUUGAACAACUUUGCAAAAGUAUUGAAGAAAUUCAUCCAGGGGGUGUCGAUGUUCUAGUAAACAAUGCAGGGCGGGGAGGGACAGCAGCGACUAUAGAGCAAUACCCUGUUGCAAAUUGGGAUGAUGUGAUCAAAGUCAAUUUAACAGCACCAUUUGAUCUGAUACGCCUGUCUAUUGGGGAGAUGAAAAAAAGAGGUUGGGGCCGUAUCAUCAAUAUCUCCUCAAUAUUCGGUAAGAAAACUAUCACGCUCUAUCCGGCAUACGUCUGUUCAAAGCAUGGUCUCAAUGGAUUAACAAAGACAGUUGCAAAUGAUACAUUUGGCACUGGUGUGACAUGUAACGCAAUAUGCCCAGCUGUUGUCGAAACUCAACUUGCUAUUGCAGAAUUCAGACAAUUGGCAGAAACAACGGGUCUCACGUAUGAGACAGUAACAAAACAAUUCUUAGAGAAAACUAAUCCAAAUGGGCAGUUCAUAAAAUCAGAACAGAUUGCCGAACUUGCGGCUUUCCUGUGCUCUCCCUGUGCGGAUCAAAUGACUGGUGCCAUUAUUCCAAUUGAUGGGGGUAGCUGGGCGACAUAG